UUGAAACGUCGUUUCUUGAUGACAUAGCCACUCCCAUGACCUCUCUACCCCGGCGGCUGAAGGACCUUCUCCGCUCCCCCACUGCCAUCAGAACCCGCUUGGCGGCCAAGCAGCUGCACGCCCAGCUCAUCAAGCACAAGGGCUUCCUCUCCGUCCACACCCCCACCAUCCUCUCCAUCUACGCCUCCCUCAACCUCCUCCACGACUCCAUCCUCCUCUUCGACGCCCUCCGCCGUUACUACCCUUCUGCCACCGCCCUCGCCUGGAAGUCCGUCAUCAGAUGCUGCGCCUCGAGCGGUCUCUCCGACCGGGCAGUGAGAUACUUCGCCCAAAUGCGGGCUUCCGGGAAGUGCCCGGAUCAGAGAGUGUUCCCCGCCGUGCUCAAGUGCUGUACUUUGCUGAGGGACCCAAAGCUUGGUGAGGCUGUCCAUGGAUGUGUGAUCAAGGUUGGUGUGGACGGGUAUUUGUAUACCGGAAACGCCCUCAUGAAUAUGUAUGCGAAGUUUCAGGGCAUGGUUGGAUUGGAAAAUCAGGCUCUCGAGCUGUUCGAUGAAAUGCAUGAACUGGAGCGAAGUUUUUUGACGGGGAAUGAGUCUGAGCCAGUGGAUGAAUCUGAGAAAUGUGUUUUGAGUAAUGAGUCGAAUGAUGGUUUGAAACUUAGAAGUGAUGCACUUGAUUCGAGCAAUCAGGCUACUGUGACUGCUAACAGGAUAUGUUUGUGGAAGGAUAAUGUAAGGAAGGUGUUUGAUACGAUGCCGAUAAGGGAUGUUGUUUCCUGGAAUACAGUGAUUGCUGGCAAUGCCCAGAACGGGCUUUAUGAGGAAGCUCUGAUGAUGGUGAGGGAGAUGGUGGACACGAAUCUCCGACCCGACGCCUUCACUUUGUCCAGCAUCCUGCCCAUAUUUGCAGACUACGUCGAUGUAAAUAAGGGAAAGGAGAUCCACGGUUACGCCAUAAGGCACAGAUUUGACUCGGACAUGUUCAUAGGCAGUAGCUUGAUUGACAUGUAUGCAAAGUGCAGCCGAGUGGAGGAUUCCCUCCAAGUCUUCAAACUGUUGCCUCGAAGAGACAGUAUCUCGUGGAACUCGGUCAUUGCUGCCUGCAUGCAAAAUUUGAUGUUCGAUGAGGGCCUGAAGUACUUUCGGCAUAUGAUAAAUUAUGGAGUGAAGUUGAUGCCCGCUGCGUUCUCCAGUGUGCUACCUGCUUGUGCUCACUUGACUACUUUACAUUUGGGAAAGCAGCUUCAUGGCUACAUCACUCGGGUUGGUUUGGACGAUAACAUCUUCAUCGCGAGCUCUCUGGUCGACAUGUAUGCAAAGUGUGGUAAGAUUGAGCAGGCUCGGUGCAUAUUUAAUCGAAUGGAGCGGCAUGACAUGGUCUCAUGGACUGCCAUGAUGAUGGGAUGUGCCCUGCAUGGGCAUGCGCAUGAUGCGAUUUCCUUGUUUAAGCAUAUGGAAGCAGAUGGAGUGAGACCCAAUUAUGUGGCUUUCAUUGCCGUUUUGACUGCUUGUAGCCAUGCAGGACUUGCCGAAGAAGCCCGGGAGUAUUUUGAUAGCAUGACCCGCGACUAUGGUAUUUCCCCCGGGUUAGAACACUAUGCCGCAAUGGCAGAUCUUCUUGGUCGAGCAGGAAAGUUGCAAGAAGCAUAUGAACUUAUCGCAAGUAUGCAAUUUGAGCCGCCGGGUGGUGUAUGGUCGGCUCUAUUGGCUGCUUGCAGAGUCCACAAGAAUGUUGAAUUGGCUGAAAAUGUGGUCGAGAAAAUAAUCAGGGUCGACCCUGAGAAUAUUGGAGCCCUGGUUAUCAUGUCAAACAUAUACUCUGCGGCUAAAAGAUGGAAAGACGCUGCGAGGGUUAGAAUCAUGAUGAAGGAGAUGGGGUUUAGGAAGAAACCAGCUUGCAGUUGGAUCGAGGUUAGAAACAAGGUCCACGCAUUCAUAGCAGGAGAUAAUUCCCAUCCCCUUUAUGACAAAAUAAAUGAAGCGCUGGGGGUCCUUUCAGAUCAGAUGGAGAGAGAAGGCUAUGUUCCUGAUUUAAGCGAGGUUCUUCAUGAUAUGGGAGACGAGGAGAAGAGGCGGUCAUUGCAGAACCACAGUGAGAGAUUAGCGAUCGCGUUUGGGAUCAUCAGUACUCCCCCGGGGACCACGAUCCGAAUAAUAAAGAACAUCAGAGUGUGCCUUGACUGCCAUGUGGCAAUCAAGUUUAUAUCGAAGAUAGUCGGGAGGGAGAUCAUCGUGAGGGAUAAUAGCCGGUUCCACCAUUUUAAGGAUGGGAAGUGCUCCUGUGGUGAUUACUGGUGACAUGAACAAACAUGACAGGAAAGCUGUACUCUUUGGUUCUGCUGAAUUAAGAGCGGUCAUGGAUAAAGAUUUACAUCAAUCUAGUCCGUCAAUGGAUAGCGGUUUUGAGAAUACUGUAAAGUUGAUGUUGCAUUAAUUAUAAGGAGAGCGACUACGCACCAACUUAAGAGGCAUGUGGCUGCAUAAAGAAGUAUGAUCGAGAUUCUUCUCUUAUGAUUUGUAGAUUUUGUACGCCGUCCACAAUAUUCAUUUGCUGAGCCAAAAUAGAAAUUUUACUUCACGCUCAAA